AUGAGUGACGAAGAUUCAGCAGAAGAACAAAUACCUGAUCGAGUAAGUCUCUCGAGAAGAGCACCAGAAGCAUCGAUAACACCACCACAAACGUUAACAACACCACCACAAACAUUAACAGCACCACCUCAAACGUCAGCAGUAAAUACUAAGGAUAAUGCUAAUGAUAUUCGUCGAAAAGAAUUAAUAGAACGUUUUUCACAAUAUUAUGAAAUUAAUCCUAAAUUGGCGAGUCGAAUGCAAAUUCUAGGAGAUUAUGAUCUUGUUAUAUUAUGUGAUGAUUCAGGUUCUAUGAAUACGCCUAUUCAUGGAACAACAACAAAUCGUUGGGAUGAAUGUCGACAACUCGUACAUGUUAUAGUUGAUGUUUAUGCUGCAUUUGAUACAAAUGGUGUUGAUGUUUAUUUUUUAAACCGACAACCCAUGUUGAAAGUUACUGAUACAAAAAAAGUACAUGAAUUAUUUGAAAAACCACCUAAUGGUUUAACGCCAAUGGUACCCGCCUUACGAGCAAUACUUAAAGAAAAAAAUAUGGAUAAUACAGCUAAUAGGAAUGUUCUUAUUUUGAUCGUUACAGAUGGUGUACCCACCGAUCCAAAGGGUGAAGUAAAUGUAGAUGAACUAGAAAAGAUAAUGCGUACUGAAAGAUCACCUACAACAUAUGUUACUUUUAUUGCAUGUACUGAUGAUUUAGAAGCACUUGAAUAUCUUAAUAAUUGGGAUUGUACAAUGGAUCGUGUCGAUGUUGUCGAUGACUUUCGUUCCGAAUUAGCUCAAGUUAGAGAAAAGCGAGGACCAAAUACGAAAUUUACUUACGGAGAUUAUCUUAUCAAAGCACUUAUUGGAAGUAUUGAUACAAAUAGUAUGGAUGCAUUAGAUGAAUAA